UUCAGUUAACUACAGUCCUCUGAACAGUGAUGGUCCUUGAUAUCAAGCUAUUGGCAUCGUAGAAUAAACAACUUUAUCUGAGAGAAGUUGCCCAUCUGCUAUCUCAAAAAACAAACACACUCAACAUAAACCUCAACAGCACACGGCAUCAGAGCAGCACUUUCCUUUCUUGAAAAAUGAAGGUUUCAUGCUAACAGCGUUCAGUAACCACUAGUGCUGCUUGGUUUCAGUUUCAUUUCCAUUAUCAAGGAAACACAACCUAAAGGGAGUUGCCUGCUUCAACACAAACACAUCAGAUCAGACUCCUGACUGCAGCAGACCGACGCAGGAUGAUGAAGGUCUCAGGAAGAAUCCUGAUUUGCUGUGCAGCUCUGAUCCUCGACCUGAUAUCUGCAUCUGCUGUACCAAGACUCAACUCCAUCGAUGACCUGAAGAAAGUCAACUUUGGCCAGUCUGUGCCCACUCGAGGUCUCGUGCUGCUCCACUGGUUUGCCAACACAGUGGACAUUGACAACAACAACGUCAUACGGCUGCCAUUUGACCCAGACAGCGGCGAUUAUGGCUCACAUCACUAUGGCAACUAUGAGAGGAUGCUGGACCCACUACCUCGAGGAAACAUCAGAUACCGAUACUUCACCGUCGGCAACAUCUUCCAGGAGACAGACUUGGAACUUCCACCUCACGUUGUCCACUACCAGUCGGGGAACGAAGAAAGAAACAGGAACCGGAUCAUCAUGAGGGUCAGGGAGCAGAACGUGGGAAGUACGAUAGACCAGGUCUACAUCACCCAGCAUUAUGAGACAUCGGACCAUCAGGGGACACGGUACGAUCCGGAUCAGACGUACCGCGUUACCGUGAACCUUUUAAGACAGAUCAGAGAGUUUCCUCUGGAAGGAAAUCGAAUGAACACACUGACAGAUCUCAGAAACCGCUUUGGAAGCAACGCCGAUGAUUCCCGACUAAGGAGCCUCAGCAACACGAUGGGUUCCCUCGCUUGUCUCGGACUGUUGUUGUUUAUCGUGAUCGAGGAAAAGCACUCCGCUGCCCAGCGUAACAACAGACCUAAGCCUGCAGCGAGAAGGAACACCGAUGUGGUUGUCAACAUCCCAGAAACCACACAUUUUAUAGGAUUUCAAGGAGUGGUUCAAAGUAAUGGAAUAACACUGAAGGUGACGACAGGUACAAAUGGAAAAGCCAGAAUUGUUUGGGGCAACGUCCCUCGACAUCUUUUAAAUGAAGGUGUGAUGGUAGCGCUUUACAAGAAUAAUGAAGACGAGAAUGCUAUGAUCUCUAAGUGUAUCGGGACUGGAUCAGGCAGCCAUGACACGUCUGUCCCUCUGAACGAAGGUCUCCAGGUCCGACUGCACGAGAGGAAGACCUUAUACUGCUUCUGGUCACGGAAGGGAGAAGAGAAAUGCAGAGGUCUUGAGUUCAAGAAUCCCAUGCCAGUCGAUAUAGCAGACUACAACGCAAAACUACAACUGUUUGUCAAAGACGGGAAGGCUUGUGCUCGCUUAUACAUGAAGAAGUCCUUCAGGGAGUGGGGGACGGAGUUUAAAAAGUCUUGGGUUGGGUUCUACAGCUCUGCACAAACAGCCACGAGCGACUACGAGUGGUGGCAAUGGCAGUGGGCAACAAAAUUCCAGCCAAACCCGGACUUUGAGGACUUCUCUUAUGAUAUCUACGAGUAUCGCUCAGGUAUGACAGCUGCUCCAGGUGUCCAAGCACGAUUCAUACUCCAGGGGGAGGUGGUGAAAGCUCGCACUCCGAUCUGGGGGGAGUGAAGACUGGUCGAGUUGCACUGCAGACAAUUUUAACAAAAUGCAAAAUAUAGCUGUAAAAUAUCAGAUUCAUCAAAAAUUUAAGAGUAUUGCUAUGACGGCUCAAACCAGUCAUGCCAUUGUAAUGUCUGUUUUAAAUCUAAACACAAUCCUUCAUUAAAUACCAUCCAGGAGACAAUUUCAUAGAGGCAGAUUUAAAAGAUUUAAAGUUUUCUUUGUGUUAUGUGUUGGUUUAUUUCAUAAACCAUCAACGUUGGCAGAUGAGAAACUGCACUGCAGAAAUGUUUAUAUUAAAUAGCUUCUUGACCAUACAGCACUGAGUGAUUGAAUUUUAUGAGAUGAUUUUUUUAUCAUGUUAAAAUGUUGUGUAGUGUUUUCUUUAAAUGACAAUGAAUAGACAUAUUUUUUUUACAUAUUUUUUAAAAACUUCCAAAAGUGAAAUGCCGUUUAAGUCUCUCCAAAAUGUUUCCCUGCUGUGUGUUUUGUUUGGUCUCCAUACUGUUGAUUUUAUUGUGUAAUAUACUUGCUUUUUUGGGAAAUGUAGGAGAUGUGGGACAUAUUUAGGAUCACGGCAAACCGUCCAGAGUCUUCAGGAUUUCAGUCCAAUUCAGUUGGACAGUUAACUUUAAAUCCAGACAGCAGACAAUAGUAAAAACUGUGAGUGAUUACCAAGACGGACCAAAAAUCUGCAGACUCGGACCUCUGAGGCACUGACAUUUGUCAAAAAUUUCACUUGUCUGGGAAGAAGAAAGAGGAAAAACAGCAUCUAAAGUUUUACUAGACACAGAUUUAAAGUCUAUAGGUUGUGUUUCAACAAAUACACAAGGGUCAUUCCAGAAUUGGAGGACAUCUCACCUAACAAAUUUCAAAUAAUCCAUGUACCAAAUACUAAAACAUGCAGUUGCUGUUGUGUAAAUGUACUUGUCCUGAGACCAAAUCUAAAAAAAAUAGGAGAAAAGAAUGUUUGUUCAUUCGAAUAUAGCUUUUCCUCCUGAGAAAAAGAUCACAUUAGCAUGGAUUAGCAACCCUGUUACUGUGAUUAGAGUAGGGUUAGCAAACAACACAGAAAACAUGGAAUAAAAAUGCUACCAUUGAUGUGGAAGCUGAGCCAAUCAAUACCUAUUAUUGAUGAAUAUGGAGCAGAAAACUGUAAAAGAGAAGGUUUAGUUUUCAAUCAUUUAAAGCCCAAAUGUCCUCCAAUUCUGGAAUGACCCAUAGAUGGACAAUUUUAGCUUUAAAGGUCUAUUCGAAAAGUUGUAGUUUGUUAAUUGCAGUAUAAAGUCGUCUUUUUGUGGCUCCUGCACUGCUCCAGCAUGUCUGAUCAAAUAGUGAUUCACUGCUGAUCCGUAUGUCUUAUAAAGAUUAAGAUAAAGGGAACACAAACUGCUUUGGUGGUUAAAUGACAAAAACAAGCAUUAAGCUGUAAGUAUGAUCUAUUGUCUGUGAUGGACCGCUUUCACUGAUAAUAUAUCAGCUUUGCAAAAUGAUUUUUGAAUUUUCUGUAUUGUUGAAAAUUGGGCAUUUAAUAAACUAUAUUUUAAAAGUCA